CAGGGGCGGACUGACCAUUUGAGCACUUGGGCACUGCCUGAGGGCCCAGGGUCAGUAGGGGGCCCCAUGAGAUGCCCCUGGUACCUUUCAGAGGCUUUUUUGGUUUGGGCAAGGACACAGGGGCCCCAUGAUCCCCUAUUGCCCGGGGGCCCCAUGAGUUGUCAGUCCGCCCCUGGUUGUGCAUGUGCUGCCUUUUUUCUAUAGAUGUAGUUGAGAUCUUGGCCCGGGGUCAGUAGGGGGCCCCAUGAGAUGCCCCUGGUACCUUUUUAAUAGGCUUUUUUGAGUUUGGGCAAGGACACAGGGGCCUCAUGAUCCCCUAUUGCCCGGGGGCCCCAU